CCUGUCCUCAUCCCAAUUCGUCGACUCGUCCCCUCAUCACACCGUAAACACCAUGUCCGCUGAAGGAGCAGCUCCCAAGGUCGAGGACAAGAAGCCCAUCGCUGAGGCCGACAUUACCAAGUACAAGGGAGCCGCAGACAUCGUGAACAAUGUCGUCAAAAAAUUGAUCCCGCUCUGCGUGGAGGGCGCGAAAAUCCUCGACAUCUGCGUGGAGGGCGACAAAUUGAUUGAGGAGGGUUGCAGCGCCGUCUACAACAAAUCGGUGAAGGGCGUCAAGGUCAGCAAAGGCCUCGCGUUCCCCACCUGCGUCUCGGUCAACAACGCCGUCGCGCAUUUUUCGCCCCUGGCCUCCGAUCCGUUGUCUGAACAGACACUCGCGAAAGACGACGUUGUGAAGAUUCACCUGGGUGCUCACAUCGAUGGAUUCGCUGCCAUCAGCGCGGAGACUCUAGUCGUUGGCGCUACGCCUGAAAACCCUGUCACCGGACGGAAGGCUGAUGCGCUGAAAGCUGCAUGGACCGCCGCCGAGGCCGCCAUGCGGUUGAUCAAGGUUGGAAACAAAAACUGGACGGUGACCGAUGCUGUCGCCAAAGUCGCCUCUGCUUGGGAUUGCAAGCCGGUAGAAGGCAUGCUCUCGUGUCAACAAACGCAAAACGUGAUUGACGGCAAGAAGCGCAUUAUCCUGAACCCCACUGCGCAGCAAAAGCAGGAGUUUGAGACUGUUACGUUCGCGGAGGGCGAAGUGUACGGGAUGGACAUUCUCAUCUCGACCGGGGAGGAUGGCAAGGCUCGCAUCGAAGAGUCUAGGACCACCGUGUAUCAGCGGGACUCGACGGUCACUUACCAGUUGAAGAUGAAGACUUCGCGUGCCGUAUUCUCCGACGUGCAAAAGAAGGCCGGUGCCUUCCCCUUCAACAUCCGCGCGCUGGAAGACGAGAAGCGGGCGCGUCUCGGUCUUCAGGAGGCCGUGCAGCACAGCUUAGUCAAGCCAUACGAAGUCAUCUACACGCCUGCCGGAACUUUCGUGGCUGCCUUCCACUUCACUAUCGCGCUCCUCGCCGGUGGACCUUCGCUACUCACCCACCCUCCAGUCUGGUACAAGCCGGAGCUGGUGAAGACCGAGAAGGAGCUGCAAGAUGAGGAACUCAAGGAGCUCCUGACGAAGCCUCUUCGCGAGUCGAAGAAGGACAAGAAGAAGAAAGCUGCGGAGGGCGAGGCUAAAUAAACGACAAAAAUAUGAUCCAGGAACCUCAGGGCGCAACGACGGACGCUGAAGUCAAUGAAAUCGCAAAUUGUACACCCGAUGCUGCUGUAGGACUGCUGCGUUAUAUUUGUAGCAUGCAGUGUAGCCCUAUAGCUAUAUAUCUACGGCUUUGGAGGGGGACCGCGCGCCGCCUCCUCACCGAACUCCC